UUAGAGAGAGUCACGUUCCACAGCACCACAACACAGAGACCAACCUUAGUCUCUCGUUGCUUCCAAGCAAAAACCAUGCCGCUUCAGAGUCAUGCAUCCGACCCUAUAAAAAGGCUUUCCUCUCUCUUCCGAACCAUCCCCUAUGCGGCCAUGCCUGAGCAUCACGCUCUCCGGCCGCCUCCAAUUCGAACCCUUGAUCGUCCUGCUCAACCAGAGGAUAAACGAGACGGUCGUGAUAAAAAUGAAGGGCAGCAUGAUGAUGACGACGACGAUGAUGAGGAGAAGAAGCACCGGGAACGAGUCUGUGAAGAACCGUCUAGCGAGUUACGGAAUUGUAAACCUACGGAUGAGGAGGCAGAGCCGCAAGAAUCUGCUUCAGAAACCCUAGCUACUCCCUCUUCGGUUGAAACGGUGGUGGCCAGUAAGAGUGCUGAUUUGCAAGCCAGCUCUAGUACGCGGAUUGAUGGCAGAGAUGAAAGUAAGGAGCCAAAUGGGCCUUCAAAGAUGGAAAUUAUUGUAAGAGAAACAGUUCAGGGAGCUUGUAAUCAGACAGAAGAUCGACUUGCGGUGUCUGUAUAUCCAACUCCGUUGUCCGUGCUAUCACCAUCUUUUGUUACACAACCUUUAUCAUCUGUUCCUAGUUCAACUGUAUCAGAACAAAUACCAUCUCCUCAGAAUGCUAAUAAUGGGCACACGCCGGGAACAGGCAAGAAAAAUUCUUCUGGUGGUAAAGCUCUUUCUGCUGUUAAUGUUGCAAGGGCAUCUGCAUCUGACGGAUACAACUGGCGCAAGUAUGGUCAGAAGCAAGUGAAGAGUCCAACUGGUUUUCGAAGCUAUUACAGGUGUACUCAUUCAGGGUGUAGUGCAAAGAAGAUUGAAUUUUGCGAUCAGUCAGGGCAUAUGAUAGAGAUCAUUUAUAAAGGUCAACACAGCCAUGAGCCACUACGGAAGACUAACACCACUGGGGAAAUUAAGUUCAUGCCAUCUCGUGAACCUACAGUAGAAGCCAAUCUUCCGGAACAGACCAUUGGAGGGCUUAAGGAUGCAGAUCCAACCUCUUCUACAAAAGAAAGUCUACAACAUUUACCGUGCAGUGCUGAUAAGAAACGGCAAAAUUCAUCUGGUCUUAGUGAGAAUGGUAAAGUUAUUCUGAAGGUGGAGCAUGUUGAUGAACCAGAGCUGAAAAGAAGCAGAGUGAAGAAUGGUGACUUAACAAACUUGGACUCGCAUGUGGGACCUGGAAAGAAAUCUAAGUUUGUUGUACAUGCAGCAGGGGAUGUUGGGAUAUCAGGUGAUGGAUACCGAUGGCGCAAGUAUGGACAGAAAAUGGUCAGAGGAAAUUCCCAUCCCAGAUGCACGUCUGCUGGAUGUCCUGUCCGUAAGCAAAUUGAGACUGCAGUAGAUGAUCCUACUGCUGUCAUCAUUACAUAUAAAGGAGCACAUAACCAUGACCAGCCUGUGCCCAGGAAACGACAAGGCCCACCAAGUGCUCCUCUUGUGGCUACUAUUGCCCCUGCUUCGUCAAACAACUUGGACCUCAAGAGUACUGAUUCACUGCAAAACCAAGAAAAUUCUGCUCAGUGGUCGGAGGACUCUGAAGAAGAAUUAACUGAAGAUGCUUCCGACCUCGGGGGUGAGAAAGCAAUUGAGUCGGCUCGAACUCUUUUAAGCAUGGGUGAAAUUAAGCCUUGCUGAAUACAUCAUUCAGGUAGCGGGCGGAUGUAUCGCUAUAAGUUGAUUGAUAGGUUUCGUAUAUUUCUCCUCCAACCCCAUUUUCCUUUCCCUUUCCCUUUCCGUUUUCCUUUUCCCCUUAUCCUCCAUGUAGCCUCUUAGCAAAGCAACAGGUACUGCAUGUUUGGUUUUACCCCCUUUAACCUGUUUGAAACGGAUCAGUAGUAGUAGGAAUGAAUAUAGAGUUGAUUGGUACCCUUCGAUUCCAAUGGAGGGUGAGAAAUAGCAUAUCAUAUCAUAUAUCCUCAAAGGCCCAUGUAUCCGCAAAUAUUCUGGUAUGCUUUCUUCUUCUUUGUGUUUCUUUCGCUCUUCUUUUGAGUGCAGAGCUGAACAAGAUGGAUCUGAAUGGGGAUGGGGUUCCUGGGUAAAUAUGUGUUUUUUAUUUCAUAUUUCAUAAAACCAGAUGUACAACUAGUUUGUUAUUUCCUAAAAAAUAUUUAUUUAGGAACCACAGAAUGGAUAAUUUGGGGGCUAUGAAAAUCAGCCUUUUUUUCAAUUAUAUGUUUUUGGUCAAUGGCUUGUCGUCCUCAAACUUUGUUAUUUAAUGUAUGAACAUCUGUUUAGGUAGUUUUUUUUUUUUUUCCUGGGGAGUUGGAUAAACCAGACUUGUUGAAGCGUCACUUUCAAAACUAGUUUUUAUUUAAUAAACACACGACUGAUACCUGCUGUUUC